CGUCACUGGAAGCAAAAUCUGUGAAACAUGAAACGCCAACUUCAUCUCACAUACUGUAAAGAAUUAUUGAGGAAAGUCAUAUCAGUCUCUAACAACACUGGGGGGAUGGAGUUAACAGCCUACACAUGCAAAAUAAGGCUUGUCAACAUUGUGAAAGUAAUUCACUAGUUAAACAGCUGAAAAUCAGAGUGAAAAUACUGGAGUUUUUGUUAACGCAAUUCUAAACACUUCCAUAAGGGCUUCCCGUGUUUCAUCAGGAGAAGAAUGUCCUGAAUUGUCGCAGUUCUUUGUGAUCUCCUGCAUUAGACAACACUGAUCUCUGCUGUAACAGCUCUCGGAUGGAGGCGAGCUGUGUGUGAAGAGAGUGGGUGUGUUCAUGAAGAAGAGCCUCAUUCAGCAACACAGAUUCAGUCUGAGAGGAGCAGAGGAGCAGAGGACAGCCUGGAGUUCGGACUGGAGAACAUUUGGAGAUUUCAUUCACCAGCGGAGGAGUUUACGAUGUCAGGCUCGUUUUGUCGAAGUUUAUACGCGUAUAACGGGGAUCAGCAUCAGCAGGGCUUGAAGUUCGAGGCUGGAGAACUGAUCAAGAUCACACAAGCUCUGGACGGAGGAUGGUGGGAGGGAGAGAAGGACGGAGAGAAGGGAUGGUUUCCAUCUACAUAUGUUCAGAUAGAGGAACUAUCCUCCAUGUCGCCGCUGGACGAGCCGCUGCCGCGAGACUGGAAGAGCUACAUGUCGCCGCAGGGCCGCCGCUACUACGUCAACACCAUCAGCAACGAGACAACAUGGGAGAGGCCGUCCAGCACCCCUGGAACCCCGAGAACACCCGUCAAACACAAGAACUCACUGCCUACAGUGAAUGGAUUUCAUGCUAAUGGCAGCCCGUUGCAUCAGACCGAACCGUCGCAUGCAGUCGUGCGGAAGGCCAGCACAGAUCAACAGAGUCCCGGCUCGACGUCACCCGUCAGGAAGCAGGAGUGUGAAUCCACAGUAACUAUCAACUGUGUGACGUUCCCUCUUCUGCACAUGUCUGAACAGCAGCUGCUCAAACCAGACGAGUGGAGCUACUGCGAUUAUUUUUGGGCGGACAGAAAGGAUCCGCAGGGAAGCGCCACCGUCUCAGGAUUUGAGGUUCUGCUGCAAAAACAGCUGAAGGGAAAGCAGAUGCAGAAAGAGAUGGCCGAGUUUGUGCGGGAGAGGAUCAAGAUCGAGGAGGAGUACGCCAAGAGCCUGUCGAAGCUCUCGCAGAUCCCGCUGGCGGCGCAGGAGGAAGGCACGCUUGGCGAAGCUUGGGCUCAGCUGAAGAAAAGUCUGGCAGACGAGGCAGAAGUUCAUCUCAAAUUCUCCUCGAAGCUUCAGAGUGAAGUGGAAAAACCUCUGCUGACAUUUCGGGAAAACUUCAAAAAAGACAUGAAAAAGUUUGACCAUCACAUGUCGGAUCUCAGGAAGCAGCUGGCCAGCCGAUACGCUGCUGUGGAGAAGGCACGUAAAGCUCUUUCAGAUCGGCAGAAGGAUCUGGAGUUGAAAACCCAGCAGCUGGAGAUCAAACUCAGCAGUAAGAUCGAGGAGGACAUCAAGAAAGCGCGCCGGAAAUCCACACAGGCAGGAGACGACCUGAUGCGAUGCGUCGACCUCUACAAUCAGUCCCAGUCCAAGUGGUUCGAAGAGAUGGUCACCAGCAGCCUGGAGCUGGAGCGGCUGGAGGUGGAGCGUGUGGAGAUGAUCAGACAGCAUCUGUGUCAGUACACAACGCUACGACACGAAACCGACAUGUUCAACCAGGGCACCAUAGAGCCGGUGGACAAACUGCUGCGGAGCGUCGAUCCCGCCAGAGACCGAGAGCUGUGGGUGAAGGAACACAGGACGGGACAGCAGAGACCGGCGGACAUGGAGAUCUGACGCCAUCGGACGCUUCUCGACCCCUCAAUCGCUGAUCGACCGAACGGAAAGAAAGAGCGCUCUCCAUCAACCUGCUGAGCUUUACAGCCGGAACGAGAGAACGAUCACGUCUCGAACCGAGCAGAAGGUCGAGAAAGAACCUACCGUGACCUUCCCACGAAUUUGAGGGAAAUGUGUGAGAGGAGAAUAAGUGUAAAUAUGUUCAGGAUUUCACUCAGGAUGUGUAUGUCAGUAUCUACUGAUGCAAUCAGACCAUUAGCGUCGAACACUGACUGUCAGGCAAAGCGAGUUGAUCUAUUUGGAAAAGUACUAAUAUAUAAAUGCUGCUGCUGCUACUGAUUUAAUUCUGUGACUAAUCAAAGCCAUCGCUUCCAGCUGACAUGAACUGGCAUCCGCAACCCAUUUAACUUACAUAAUGUCAGGAUAUAUUUAAAAGAGUGAUGGGUAUUUGAUGAGAGUUUGGGGAAUUAUAAAGAAAAUGGGCCUUACCGGAACGGACAUGGAAAAGGAAAGCGGAUUCAGAAGUGGAGCGACUCGUUACAUUUUGAUGAAUUUAUACUUUGGCCUUUGGAAUAUUAACAUGUAUGAAUCAUUCACAGCAAGACCAGAAACAUGCAUUAACAAGUGUUGAUUUCAUGACACAACUUAUGCAGGAUAUAUGGAAGAUACUGUAUAUAUACAUCCACCACAGAAUAAAACAUAAAAAAGGUAAUUGCGACUUUUUAUACCACAAUUCUGACUUUAUUUCUUGCAGUUCCGAGUUUAUAUCUCAUAAUUCUGAGUAAAGA